CUUCGUAGGCGGAAGUGGCUGCGGCAUCCCGGAAGUGUCGCGCCGCACGUGUCGUCGAUCUGCCCCCCCCCCACGGCGGCGGCAGGCGACAGGCGGCAGGCGACAUGCUGCUGCUGCCCGUGUCGGUGCGGGACGGAGACGCGAAGCCUCGGCGGGCCCGGCUCGCUCACCGCCUCGCCGGCUGGUUCCGGUCCAUUCUCGCGGACCAAAUCUCCCGCAACCUGUUCUUCUUUCUCCUGCUCAAUCUCUCAUUCGCGUUCGUUGAGCUCCUCUACGGGAUAUGGAGCAACAGCCUGGGGCUCAUCUCGGACUCGUUCCACAUGUUCUUCGACUGCACGGCCCUGCUGGCGGGGCUGGCGGCGUCCGUCAUCUCGCGGUGGCACUCCAACGACGCCUUCUCCUAUGGGUAUGUCAGGGCAGAAGUGAUGGCUGGCUUUGUCAACGGCCUCUUUCUGAUCUUCACAGCUUUCUUCAUAUUCUCCGAGGGCAUUGAGCGAGCCGUAGAACCGCCGGAGGUUCACCACGACCGCCUCCUCACCGUCUCCGUGCUGGGUUUCUUCGUCAACCUCGUCGGAAUCUUCGCGUUCCAGCACGGCGGGCACGGCCACUCCCACGGAGGACACGGGCACAGCCACGCGCAGCACAACGGCGACAAGCAUUCGCACGGCCACUCGCACGGCCAAGGCUCGUGCCACGGCCACCACGGUCAUGAAGAGGAGGAGCCGUCCAUCUCCACUGGCUCCAAUAAGCAGAUCCUGCAGGGUGUGUUCCUGCAUAUUGUGGCGGACACUGUGGGCAGCAUCGGGGUGAUCAUCUCCACGCUGCUGAUGCAGAACUACGGCCUCAUGAUCGCCGACCCCAUCUGCUCCAUGAUCAUCGCCGCACUCAUCUGCGUCAGUGUCAUUCCUCUCCUGCGAGAUUCAAUCGGCAUCUUGAUGCAAAGAACGCCGCCCAGCCUGGAGCCUGUGCUGCCUCAGUGCUACCAGAGGGUGCAGCAGCUGCAAGGCGUGUACAGCAUCACCGAGCCUCACUUCUGGACGCUGUGCAGCGACGUGUUCGUUGGCACCGUCAAGCUCCACGUGGCGCCGGACGCCAACGCCAGGUGGCUGCUGAGCCAGACUCACAGCAUCUUCACGCAGGCUGGAGUGAGGCAGCUCUACGUACAAAUCGACUUUGCUGCCAUCUAGGCCUUAAUUCUCAUCCGCAAAGCAGCGGCUGCCCCCUUUUUAAAUACCAAGGGACCAGAAUUCAUUUCUUUUAAAUAAUUUUUGUUGCGUCUUAUUGAUUGAACAUGUUUAACCCUGUGCCAUGAAUCUUAAAAUAUAUAAAUAUAUUUAAAGACCAUAAAUGCAUGGUGUUAUUUAUACACCAGUUGUACAUUGUCUUUUUAUGUGGGGCGCAGGGAAUUACUUGGGACCUUAUUUGCAUUAAUUUAUAUUGCUCCUAAUGACUGUGGGGUGAUAACGGUGGGACAGCGGUUAGCACAAUGACCUAUGAACCCAGCAACACGAGUUAAAGUCCGUGCUAUGCUGUGUGUCCUAGAAACGUGCUGCCGAGCGUCGAUUUUGUUGGCGUAGUCAAAGUGCCGAUUUAGUUGAGACCGUCUUGCUUUCAUGACCGAUGCUGUGGCCUGUCUUUGCAUCCCACGCAGGGCAUGGCAAGGUGACGAUGCCGGCCGGUCAUCUCAUUCAGCCAGACGCAUAAUUACCUUCUGAAUGUGUUUAUUUAACAACCUGUGUUUUAAAUCGGUCAUGAAUUUACAGCAAGGAAAGCGGACUCUUGAUUGUUUAUAGUUUCGUGUUCAGAUUAAUGAUUUUUAUGUUAUUUACAAAAGCAGUAAAGAGAAACUAGUUUUAAGAGUCCUGCGACCUGUCAUAUCUGCAUCUCGCUGCGUUUGUGUCUGUGCUGCGUACCCGGGAAUCACGUUUCUGCCUGCAAAUGCAGCCAGUUGUUGUCCUGGUCUUCCGAUGACGGUGUCCCUUCUCUCAAGGCCUGUGGGGGGUGCACACACGUGGCGGUUUUGCCAAACACACCUUGGCUUGGCGACAUUGCCAAGGCUUUCAACAAGAACAUUCUUGUUCUUUUGCCGAGUUGCGACCGAGCCAUCUAGGGCCUUGAGAAGGCAUUGACUGGAGCAGUGCUGAACUUUUACACCAAUUUUUUUAAGCAAUAAAAAACGAAACCACCCCCAUCAUUGCAGUGAAGAUCUGGCUCGGGGAAACUUCCAAAUGUUCCCACUCCACUUGCAACUGCUAGGGACCUGACUCGUGACAAACUCAUGUUGACGAGUUGUCUUAAUAGAAACACCGGCGUGGAUUUUGAUUGGCUCUGUCUUGCGUUAUUGUCUGUGCCAGAUACAUGGUGCACGUUAAACUGACCCACGUGUGUGUUCGCGCUAGGGCUGAGAGAAGGAAGCGGUGUCUCUUGAAGCUAGGAUACACAGGACGUAAGGGCCCUGAAUGGAUGAGCCCUCAAUGUGAACAGGGAGGCUGGAAUAUCCGAGUUGCACCCUAAGGCGUUGUGAAACGUGUUUUCUGGAUCCUUGUGGCGUCGCGAUGUUCGGGCGUGCUCGCAACGCGCUGCAGCGUUUCUCUCGCAGCCUUGAUGUCGCCACAGAGCUUGCGUGCAGCCUACAGCGGGGGCCAUCCGCACGCCAAUUAAAGUGUCCGGUGCUGCACGCAGACCAAGAAGAGGAUUUAAUGCGACCGCCUGACCAAUAAAGACUGGCGCAGCAGUCGCGUGAUCGCGUUAAAGAAAAUCUAAAAUCAAAAUAAAGUUGCGUAGGGAAAGGGGGAGGAAAAUGGUGUUACGCACUUUUGAAUAUGGUGCCGAUGUCAUUUUCAAACGCUUAGAAUGCACCGAAACUUUGGACUUCAAAAGCUUAGCAGAAUUGAGCCUUGAUAGUGUUUUGAUCUCUGACCACCAUACUCAAUAGCAGGUGUUGUUGGCUACAUUGUUGAAAAAGGCAGUUUAGAACCAAAUCCAUUGUUUACAGUACUGUGCUCCCAACAGCUAUGGCUCCCUGCCUUCAACCUUCAGUGACCGGCAAGGUGAAGUAUGGUCACAUAACUCUCGCUACCCACAUGGAGUGUGUAGGCCCUCGUCCCGCAGUGAAGUUAACAAAAGGGCUGUACUUGUAGAGUGCAAGUAAUCCUAAGAGUGCUUUGUACAGAAAGCAAUACUUGAUCGUUUGUCUUCGCUUUUCGGACAUGAGCACCGUGCCAGUCACGUGGGCUUGAUCCGAGGCCAGUCCUCGAUGGGAAGGUCGUGCUGAUUGUACUACGUUGAACUUCUUUCACAUCGUACGUAGCCAAUCGUGCUGAUCGGAGGAAUGCGUUUUCUCGCUUGAUGUGUUUGCGGUAACAGCGUGGCUACAAAACGCUGCUCUUUAGCCACUUGUAAGGAGGGGAGUUGGGGCGGGGGGGGGGGCUUGAUAAACCCAUUCGACCUCGUCCACCGGAACCCUGUUCCAGUCUAAAAGUGUUUACCGAACGGGCCUUAACCGCACAGCGAGCUGCCCGCGUGGCUGCUGCCUGAGCUGCAGCGGAAUCUGCCGUGAGACACCGGGAUGGAGAAGACGUUUUCGACACGUGGUGGUCUCGAGGAUAAAUGUUGGUUACUUUAUUGAAUGCGUUCUCUGUUGCUGGACCGCUGUGAGAUCCGCGUACUGUGCCCUGCAAAGAUUCUCGAGAGGAGCGUGGCGUUACUCUUGGCAUUUGUUUGUUUGCAGCCCGGUGUAACAUAGGGGAAGGACUUUAAAUUCCAAUGCCAUCGCUCGUACAAUCCAUAUCUGGUUUUGAAACGUAAAACAUUCAAUCUCAACUCAUUCAUUUGUUAGGGUUUUUAUUCGUGGCCCAGGGAAGUGGAAUUGGAGAUGGUGUGGGACCACGCUGCGACUGGCAGUGGUGUGGAGUGUUUGUGUGUAAAACCAUGACCCUUGAUCUCGGCCUUCCACAGAGACACGAUGGACUUGUCGUUUUAACAGAGUUCUCGGUGGAACGAUCAUUUUUGUUGUUUGAGCGCGUCUCGGUGCACACUUGCAAACCUACACCAUUCUUGGUGUAUUUUACUGUUCUUGUUUACAAAAUAUUGUAUUUUAUUGGGCACAAGUACACAUUUACAUAAACUAACGCGAGAGGGAGAUCUGCGUGUAAACCAUCAAAAAAAAUUAAAUGUGAAGAUUUUGUCAUUUUAAACCUUUUUUUUCUUUAAAAAAAAUCAAGAUGUCAGCACUUUGCGUCCUUAUUAAACAUGUUGGAACGUUUUCAACUGUCCGAUUGCUGUGCGUUCUUAAGCCGCCGGUACAUCCUGAACGUUGCUCAUUUUAUAAGUUCGUAUGUGGCACGCAAAGUGUCGUUGAAGUGACGAUCUGUGGAGUGACGCGUGAAUUGCGGUGUCGUCAUUGCUGCAGUGGGAACGAGAGAGGACGCGGCACAGCCAAUCCACUGCAGGUAUUUGAGAUGCCACGUGGUGAUGCUGGACGGAAUACGCCGCCGCAAAGAUUUGAGUGCAGUGCGCGUCUCGUCAGCUGUCUCUCUCGCGAAGUGUUUUCGUCUCAAGCGAUGUAAACCUUUCUCGAGCCGAUUGGCUGUGUUGCUUGCAGACCAACGGUGCUGGCUGCCUGUAGCGAAAUGAGGCCUUCGUGACCACUCGAUUCACGUUAUCGCGAAAUGUUAUCUCUACAUUCCAUUGUUGCAUCUGCUUAUUGUAGGUAAACUGAAAGUGAAGUCGUUAGAAAUCGGGGAAAGAACUUCCUGUUUACGUGACAAACAUUACUAAUUGGCUGUGUCGGGUGGUGGCGGGUUUAACGACACCACAUUUAUAUUAACGCGAUCUCACCCAAACAAACCUCUUAUGAACCUCCUCUUGUUAGUUUGGCAGACCCUCGCCCCGGAACGAUACGCCACUGAGUUGCUGCUGCUGCUGCUGUGACUUGAAUCGGUGUCUCUCUUCAAGACGAACACAUUUCUUGCGGGGCUCCUCGGCGCAGUUUGUUCACUGUCUCCGUGUAUUUCUUGAGAUCUGAAAGAAAAAAAAUCCUUCACUUUUAAAAAGGGACAAAUUAAGUACGUGGGCCACAUUUAGCUCGCUACGAUGUCCAUGCAGUCAUUGGUGAGAGAGCAUCGCUCGAGAACCUGGCUUCUUCACCUGAAGAUUGUGACCCAGAGGCUGAACCCAUGCGCGUUCCCUGGUGCUGAAUUUGCUCAAUUUCCAAAUAGUUUUGUAAGGUAGCCAGCCAUUCGUGAACGUGCCUUCUUACCAGAUUACUUUUGUGCCCCUGGCUACCGUGCGGCCGGCAACAAACUUGUGACAAUCUAGUUGAGCGACUGCACCUUGUGUCGGUGGCGGACCAAAUCCGACAUUGCGACGUCGCACACGGUGGACUUUAUGGAAAAAUCGUGACCCCCCCCCGCCUCCUUCAGUGGUGGAUCCAAAGGGGUGGGAGGGGUGUAAUGGGGGCGAUCUUUAAGCCCCUCGAGACCCUGACGUUUUAUUUUAUUGAGAAUUAUCGAAGAAAAUGUUGAAUCUUUAUUUUUCAUGAAUGUCGAGCCCUAUUUAAAGGGCUUAAUUUUGGGACCGCUCUCUCUGUGGAAGUUUCUCAAUCCAACCUCUGAUUUUUAUGUAAAUACCGUUUGCCAAAUCUCUUUUUUUUUCUUUUAAAGAGUGUGUAACUCGUCGGUCCUUAGGCUAACAGUGAGUGUGUAAAACAAUAUAAUAAACCCACGUGAAGCCAC